UCCAUGGUCUACCUACAGAAAUUAAACCAUUAUUUUAUAAUAGUGAACACUGCUAUCCCAUAAUAUUACUUGUACAGUUGUUUGUUAAUUCUAAGCAGAGACUGCCACUUCCAUCUCUUUGCAGCUUAAAACGCUGAACAACAAACAAUAAUAUUUUUUAAGCACCUGAGCUGGAUUAAGGGAAAUCAAGUCUUCUCAACACGGGUAACGUAAAUGUGAAUUUAUUUAAAUGACGUAAAGGUAUUGUUUAUUCUUCAAACGUGCAGACUUCCAUUCGUGAAUGCAGUAAUUUGCAUGAUAUAUAGGUUCGUGAUGACUCUAUAAUUGCAAUAUCUUGUCCUGUAAUAUUGUUAUUUUAUGAUAUAAUUGUCAUUUUAAUGUUAGUAACGUUAUCUACUCCCCGCUAUGACAUUGCAUUAUUAAUUUGGAAAACAUACUAAAUGUAACAAUCAUUACAAGAACAACAUUACUAAUUCAAGUACAGACAUAUUAUAAAUCGUGAUGCAAAUCAUUGGUAUCACGUAUCUUGGAACAGAAGAUCCUUGAGUGUGGGAGCAGAGUUACGGCAGAUCAGAAGGGUUCUCCGUCCAGCAUUCUGUUCUGUACGUAAUCAAACCAGCGUGUGUUGUGGGGCAUUGACGCCGGCUCCCAGACCGUCGCUAAAACUGAGUUGAGGCAGAGAGUGCUGCAGUUACCCGGGAACACGGACACACUCGUUUUGGCAGCACUACAAAGGUCAAACUCUGCCCCCCCCCCAACAAAAAAAAUCUCCAUCUACCUCCUCCUCUAUCCGCCCCGUCCCCAGCUUUCAUUAACCGAGUACAAAACAAAAUCCGGCCAAAGGAGAACCAAAACCGGGGAAGUAGCGUCUGUAGUGAGAAGCAGAGGGUGGAGCGGAGCGGAGCAGAGCUGUCUCACAGUCAAGCUUCAUAACAGCCAGAGUGUGAAGAAAAUGGCUUCUCCCUCCUCCUCCUCCUCCCCGCAGGGAGGCGGGACUUCUCCAAACCCGCCAGAUCGCAUUUGCCAGCAAGGUGGGAGUGAAAUACCCACCACUUCCCGGGAGAGGUUGUUACGUCACAGGGUAACUUUCCAGGAUCAGAUGGUCCCAAGUCGUCAGGAGUCUGACAGUAAUGCAAGCUUCCUUCGUGCUGCUAGAGCAGGAAAUCUUGAUAAGGUACUUGAGUACCUCAAAGGAGGCAUAGAUAUCAACACAUCAAAUCAGAAUGGUCUCAAUGCAUUGCACCUGGCAGCCAAGGAAGGACAUGUGGAACUUGUUCAAGAAUUAUUGGAGAGAGGUGCAGUCGUUGAUUCAUCGACAAAGAAAGGAAAUUCAGCCCUGCACAUUGCAUCUCUGGCUGGACAAACUGAUGUGGUUAGAACACUAGUAAAGCAGGGUGCCAACAUCAAUUCUCAGUCCCAGAAUGGUUUCACUCCACUCUAUAUGGCUGCCCAGGAAAAUCACAUUGAAGUUGUCAAGUUUCUUCUGGAAAUUGGAGCUAACCAGAGCACAGCCACUGAGGAUGGGUUCACUCCCCUGGCGGUUGCACUGCAACAGGGCCACAACCAAGUUGUUGCUAUCUUACUUGAAAAUGACACCAAAGGAAAGGUGCGCUUACCAGCCCUACAUAUUGCUGCAAGGAAAGAUGAUACCAAAUCUGCUGCUUUGCUGUUACAGAAUGACCACAAUGCUGAUGUACAGUCAAAGAUGAUGGUGAAUAGAACCACAGAGAGUGGGUUUACUCCCCUCCACAUUGCUGCCCACUAUGGAAAUGUAAAUGUAGCCACUCUGCUAUUGAACCGAGGAGCUGCUGUUGAUUUCACAGCUCGGAAUGGAAUUACUCCACUACACGUAGCUUCCAAACGAGGGAAUACCAAUAUGGUGAAACUGCUAUUAGAUCGAGGAGCUCAGAUUGAUGCUAAAACAAGGGAUGGACUGACCCCACUACACUGUGCAGCAAGGAGUGGACAUGAUGGAGCUGUAGAAAUUCUGCUUGAGAGAGGAGCCCCAAUGCUUGCCAGGACAAAGAAUGGUUUGUCACCCCUCCAUAUGGCUGCCCAGGGUGAUCAUGUGGAAUGUGUCAAGCACCUGCUGCAGCAUAAGGCACCUGUUGAUGACGUCACACUUGACUAUCUCACUGCAUUGCACGUAGCUGCUCACUGUGGUCACUACAGGGUCACCAAGCUCCUCCUGGACAAGAGAGCCAAUCCCAAUGCCCGGGCACUGAAUGGCUUUACCCCAUUGCAUAUUGCAUGUAAGAAAAACCGUGUUAAAGUCAUGGAACUUCUUGUGAAGUAUGGGGCUUCAAUCCAAGCCAUAACAGAGUCUGGCCUUACACCAAUACAUGUGGCUGCCUUCAUGGGCCACUUGAACAUCGUUCUCCUUUUGCUGCAGAAUGGAGCAUCUCCGGAUGUUUCGAAUAUUCGUGGAGAAACUGCAUUGCACAUGGCUGCACGAGCUGGGCAGGUGGAAGUUGUUCGUUGCCUGCUGCGCAAUGGGGCCCAGGUGGAUGCAAAAGCCAGGGAGGAUCAAACUCCGUUACACAUUGCCUCCAGGCUGGGUAAAACUGAGAUUGUGCAGCUGCUACUGCAGCACAUGGCCUUCCCAGAUGCGUGCACCACAAAUGGCUACACCCCACUGCACAUUUCUGCCAGGGAGGGGCAGGAAGAUGUGGCUUCCAUUCUUCUUGAGGCUGGUGCUUCACACUCAUUGGCCACAAAGAAGGGAUUUACCCCACUACAUGUAGCUGCUAAGUACGGGAGCCUAGACGUGGCAAAACUCCUCCUGCAGCGCUCAGCUUCUCCAGACUCUGCGGGCAAGAAUGGCCUAACCCCACUUCACGUUGCUGCUCACUAUGACAACCAGAAGGUGGCACUGUUGCUGCUGGCGAAAGGUGCCUCUCCCCAUUCGACUGCAAAGAAUGGCUACACACCUCUGCAUAUUGCUGCCAAAAAGAACCAAAUGGAAAUUGCCAAUGCCUUACUGGAAUAUGGAGCAGAAACUAAUGCUGUAACAAAGCAGGGGGUUACACCCCUUCAUCUGGCAUCACAAGAGGGACAUGCCGAAAUGGUUUCAUGUCUGUUGGAUAAAAGUGCCAAUGUCAGUGUGGCUACAAAGAGCGGGCUGUCAGCACUGCACCUUGCGGCUCAGGAGGACAGGAUUAAUGUUGCGGAAAUUCUGGUAAAACAGGGUGCAAACCUUGAUGCACAAACCAAGGUGGGUUAUACUCCACUAAUUGUGGCUUGUCACUAUGGAAACAUUAAGAUGGUUAAUUUCCUCCUGCGGAAUGGUUCCAAUGUCAAUGCCAAAACCAAGAAUGGAUAUACACCUUUGCACCAGGCAGCACAGCAGGGUCACACACACAUCAUUAAUGUCCUUCUUCAACAUGGAGCCAGAGCAAAUGCAACCACUGCGAAUGGCAACACUGCCUUAGCAAUUGCCAAGCGUCUUGGAUAUAUCUCUGUGGUUGAUACCUUGAAGGUUGUCACAGAAGAAGUCACUACCACUACAACUACUGUAACUGAAAAACAUAAACUGAAUGUACCUGAGACAAUGAAUGAGAUCCUGGAUGUUUCAGAUGAGGAAGGAGAUGAUACAAUGACGGGUGAUGGAGGAGAGUAUCUUAGACCAGAGGACCUAAAAGAACUUGGAGAUGACUCCCUACCCAGCAGUCGGUACCUAGACAACAUGAUGUACAGAGGAAUAGGACGCCUUGGAGAGCGCUCAGAUAGCCUGCGGUCCUUCAGUUCAGACAGGUCUAACACACCAAGCCAUGGUCCACACUACAGGGACAGUGCCAUGAUUGAAGAAUUAAUCACAGCCACAAGUAGCCAGGUAGCUCUGGCAAAAGGCCCGGAGAAGGACUCCACACAUCGCUUAAAUUGGGAAACAGAGAACUUGGACAAUGUGGCACUCUCUUCCAGCCCAAUACAUUCAGGCUACUGGAGCAAGAUGGUGCAAGACAUAGGAACCUUACAGCCAGCAGGCUUUCUGGUUAGCUUUAUGGUGGAUGCUCGGGGCGGAUCUAUGCGUGGCUGUCGCCAUAAUGGGCUUCGUAUUAUCAUUCCUCCUCGGAAGUGCACAGCCCCAACUCGUGUCACUUGCCGCCUGGUUAAACGUCACAGACUGGCUACAAUGCCUCCCAUGGUGGAAGGAGAGGGACAUGCCAGCAGGUUAAUUGAAGUUGGGCCAUCCGGUGCUCAGUUCCUUGGUAAGCUUCAUCUUCCUAACUCUCCUCCCCCUCUAAAUGAGGGAGAAAGCUUGGUUAGCCGAAUCCUGCAGCUUGGGCCGUCAGGAACCAAAUUCCUUGGGCCAGUGAUUGUGGAGAUUCCACACUUUGCAGCCGUACGUGGGAAGGAACGAGAGUUGGUAGUACUGCGGAGUGAAACUGGAGAGAUAUGGAAGGAGCAUCAGUGUGAAUAUACUGAGGAAGAACUGAAUGAAAUAUUGAAUGGGAUGGAUGAAGUGCUUGAUAGUCCAGAGGAACUUGACAAAAAACGAAUUUGCCGUAUCAUCACCAGGGACUUCCCACAAUACUUUGCAGUAGUAUCCAGAGUCAGACAGGACAGUAACUUGAUUGGGCCAGAAGGAGGUGUGCUGAGCAGCACUGUGGUACCACAGGUUCAAGCUGUCUUCCCUGAAGGAGCUCUAACCAAGAGAAUUCGAGUUGGACUCCAGGCCCAACCCAUGCAUGUUGAAUUAGUUAAGAAAAUCCUGGGCAAUAAGGCAACCUUUAGCCCAAUAGUCACCCUGGAACCAAGAAGAAGAAAAUUCCAUAAACCCAUUACGAUGACAAUUCCAAUUCCAAAAUCCUCAACAGAAGGGCUAAUGAAUGGAUAUGGUGGAGACACUCCAACUCUUAGGUUACUUUGCAGCAUUACAGGAGGAACAACACCAGCACAAUGGGAAGAUAUAACGGGAACAACUCCAUUGUCAUUUGUCAAUGAAUGCGUUUCCUUCACAACAAAUGUAUCAGCUAGGUUCUGGCUCAUAGACUGUCGGCAGAUCCAAGAAUCUGUGAACUUCGCCACACAAGUGUAUAGAGAGAUUAUUUGUGUACCAUAUAUGGCCAAGUUUGUAGUUUUUGCCAAAUCACUUGAUCCAGUUGAGGCACGAUUGAGAUGUUUCUGCAUGACAGAUGACAAGGUGGACAAAACAUUGGAACAGCAGGAGAAUUUCACAGAGGUUGCAAGGAGCAGAGACGUUGAGGUUUUGGAAGGCAAGCCAAUUUAUGCUGAUUGUUUUGGCAACCUUGUACCCCUUACAAAGAGUGGACAGCAUCACCUAUUCAGUUUCUAUGCAUUUAAAGAAAAUAGACUUGCACUGUUCGUCAAGGUACGAGACACAACUCAAGAACCAUGUGGACGUUUAUCCUUCAUAAGAGAACCAAAAUCUACAAGAGGUCUUGUGCAGCAUGCUAUUUGCAACCUAAAUAUUACACUACCCCUAUACAGCAAGGAGUCAGAUUCAGAUCCGGAGCAAGAGGAAGAGGUGACUGGAACUCAAGAUAAAUAUGAAGAGGAGGAGACUGUAACUACUGAGAUUUCUUCAGCCAUAAAAACACACCUUGUCCAUGAUGUCCCUGUGCUGGCAAGCCCAGACUUGCUUUCAGAUGUAUCUGAAAUGAAACAAGAUUUAAUCAAGGUGACUAAAAUUUUAAAAACAGACUCAACAGCAGGAAGUAAAGGAAGCCCCAUUGAGGUAAAAGAAUUAGCAAAGGUUGCGGAAGAUGAACCAGGUGAGCCAUUUGAAAUUGUAGAAAAAGUGAAAGAAGACUUGGAAAAAGUGAGUGAGAUUUUAAGAAGUGGAACAUAUAUAGGUGAAGAAUCUAUACAAGAAACCUUUGGUACUAUAAGAAGUGAAAAACUAGAAGAAAACUGGGUUAUUAUCAGCGAUGAAGAAAUAGAAGAAGUUAAACGAGAAGUACCAGCAGAGGUCUAUGAAGCUCCGUUUGUGGAGCACCGGAUUGAUAGAGGACCUGUUGAGAAAGUUGUGAAAGACAUGAGUGGAAUGUUGGGCUAUUUAGAAACUGACUUGGAUACGUAUUUAAACCAGGUAGCAACAAAACCUUUAGCCACCUGCCAAAUGGAUAUUGUCCAAGAAAGAUUUGAUGCAACAUAUAUUACCAAAGAUUCUAAAAGAGAAACAGAGCAGACGAUUUCCAAACCUUCAAGCUGUAUGGAUCUUGAAGAACAUAAAGUGUCACAGAAUGCAAAAGACCAAAGUAAAUUUGAUAUGGGAAAGGUAAAACCAGUAUUUCAGAGAUUCAAGGCAGAAAGCACUACAGUGUGUUUUAAGGAUCCUGCAUUUCAGGUCCCAACUACAGAAACUGAGAACGAGGCUAGAGACGUGCAACAGAAUACUUGUGCUGAAUCUGGUUCCACCAAGGAAGAAGUAACAUUGGUGCCUCCAAGUGCUGCAGAAUCUACCUCACCUGUGGUAGAAGAGACUCCCAUUGGUUCUAUAAAAGAGAAGGUCAAAGCUCUUCAGAAGCGUGUGGAAGCUGAAAAAGGACAAAGGGAACAAGCAAAGUCUGUGGUAAGGGAAGAAAUUUUCAUUAAACGAGUUACUUCCAAAGAGACUCCUGCUUCUGCUUCUGCUUCUGCUGUUACAGAAAGGCUUGAAGAAACCAUGUCAGUGCGUGAACUGAUGAAAGCAUUUCAGUUAGGACAAGAUCCAUCUAAGAAGAUGACUCGACUUUUUCAACAUUCAUCUGAUGUUUCAGAAGCAGAAAAACGAUCUUUGGAAGAAUUUAAAAAAAUAGAUGCAUGUAUAGAAAAAGAACAUCAACAAAAUUUACCUCCCCUUAGAGCUGGCAAAGAAAAAGCAGAUAACGUAGAGCUUUCAAGGCAAGUUCAGUCACAAGUGCUUUCACAGGAUGCAUUACACAGAGAUUACAAUGGAAUAGCACCAAUUAGUGCAAUUUCACAAGGCACAAAGGAAAUUGUUAGAGAAAGGAAAAGGAUACCAUCAUGCAAAGAUAAGAAGGUACUCACAAUUGACAAAUAUGAUGCUACUUCUGAAACAUUAGAAAACUCUGAAUCAGUUUUUACUGAAGACCAUGAAAAACAAAGUGAAACUCAUAGCAGUAGAAUAACAGUGACUAGUGAUUUACAGAUCAGUCCAGACAGGAAGACAUCCACUGAUUUCACCGAUGUUAUUAAAGAGGAGUUAGAAGAUAAUGACAAAUAUCAGCAAUUUAGGAAAAAAUCAGAUACACCAGAUGCCGAACUUUACCUUGAACAGGUAGUUACAAGCCCAGUUCACCAAGAUCUGAAUAUUAGUUUUCCACCAGAUUAUGUGAAAGAUGAAUUUACACCAGAUAUAACUUUACAAAAUGGUGCCCUUGAUGACAGUUCUGAAAGCCUAAAACAUGAAGGCAUUGCUGACUCUCCAAGUUUUAGCUUAGGUGAUGGUACUCCUCAAAUUAGUUCAGAGGAGAGUUACAAACAUGAAGGUCUUGCAGAGACACCUGAGACAAGCCCUGAAAGUUUCUCCCUUUCACCAAAGAAAAGUGAUCAGGAACCAUCAGAAAGGCAAGAUGCUGGAAAUGCUGUCAGAAUAGAUAGUGGGGACCAAAGCUUUGAGAAAAAUACAGCUUCUGCACAAUAUGAAAAUAUAGUCUCAACUGAUGCAAUUACUGAAGUAAAGGUAACAAAAGAAUCUUUAGAUGCCACCAAUACGGAGAUAACUGUAGAUUCUGGUUGUGUAGAUUAUGAUGAAUUGCAAUUGGCAGAAGUAACUGAAGCCACAUCUCUCUUAGAUGAUGUGGAUGAGCAGACCACAAGUGAAUCUGUCUCUGCCCUUAAAGCUGCAGAUGAUACGAGUGAAAAGGAUGCUUUUAUCCAGGAAGAACCAGAAUCUUUGUCUCUUUAUGAUGUUCAUGAUGUUUCUCUGGACAGUAGAUCCAAAGGCAAGGAUGGUGACGUUUCUGUUUCGGUGUCAGAUAGAGAAGUAGUACAAUUAUUAGCUCCAGAUAUUUCAGUUAAAGAAAAGGACCAAAACAGUGCUUUGCCAGUUGUAACCUCAGUUUCACCAGAGGGCACAGCAAGAAAUCAACUGUUAGAUUUAUGUCUAACUGGAGUUUCACUUGAUGCUGAUACUCUUAGUCCUACGGCAGAUGAAUCUAUGAUCAGCCAUAAAGAUUCUCUAGAAGGUAGUCCCACACAGGAUGAUAUUGAUACAACUUCGCACAAAUCCCCAGAUUCACUCGAGCCAAGCCCUAUCAAAGAAUCACCAUGUCCAGAUUCUCUUGAAAGUAGCCCUGUGGAGCAGAAGUUAAGUACAGCAAUUUCUGUGGCACAGAGAAGUGAAAAAAUAGCUUCCAUUGAGAAAAAAAAUGAAAGAAUGGAUAUUCCUUUGGAAUCCACAUCUGCCAGGAGUAGAGUUUUCAGAGACAUGCAGGGAGAAGGACCCGUAAGUAGAGAAGCAAGGAAACUUUUGUCACCUGAUGGAAGUGCAGAGGAAGAUAGUUUGGACCAAAUCUCUCAAAUGGAAAGUUCAGGAAAGAGCCCUCUUUCACCUGAAACUCCAAGCUCUGAGGAGAUCAGUUAUGAAGUCACACCUAAAACCCCUGACACACAUAUAUUAUCAGUUGCUGAGAAGCCAAUUGUGAUUCCUGAAAUCCAAGAGGAAAUUGAUGAUGAUUCCCCAGACAGUGAAUCAAAGAAAAGAUUUACACCAGAAGAGGAGAUGUUUAAAAUGGCAGCCAAAAUUAAAACAUUUGAUGAACUAGAAGAGGAUGCUAGAUUAAAACGUGAAGGUAAAAAGGAACAGAGGCUUUCUGAUAUGUCUCCACCCUCUGUAAUAACCAAUGUAGAAGAAACCGAAGUUAUAUUCAUAUCUCAUGCUGAACGUAGAAAGAGCUCCUCCUCUUCGGAAAGUGAGCCAGAUUUGACUCAGCUAAGCAAAGAGGUUAGAAGUGGACUGCUUCUGGAGCCAGUCAUUCGAGUUGAACCUGCAUCUCCACUCUACCCAGGUUCUAGCCCUGAAGAUGCAGAAUUUCUUCCUAUAAUGGGCAAAAAAUAUACCUUUAAGAUAAUAGAUCAUGAAAAAGAAUCAAGUGAACAAAUAGCUGAAGGUGAUAAUGGAAUAGACUUAACAAAUAACAACAGAAGCAUGAACAAAGAUUGUGCAGUGCCUGAUGUUAAUGCAACUGUUAAAAUUCAUCAUUCUUCCACAGCCUCUGGAAAGUCCAUUGAAGAGCCUGUUUCUUCAGAGGCAUCACAUUUCAUGCCUGAAAUACAAGAAUAUGAUACUCUAACUGAGGAAGAUGUUCAACGCCUUGACCAGGCGGCAGAAAAACGAGAUGAGCUGUGGGUGGACAGCAGAUCUGAAGAAUAUAAAGCAAAACCAUAUGACCAAAAGCAACAGGGCCAGGAGGCAACUGUAGAAAUAAAAGCAUCAGCUGUAAUUGAUGGUUCAGAGUAUAAAGCAGCUCCAACUGAUGAAUCCACAUUGCAGGACAUGUUCUCAGGCCAAGAAGCUGAAGGACAACUAAGCAAAAUAAUAAUAACUAAAACAGAGGCUGAUCUUGACUCUUGGAAUACAAUAAGAGAAGAUGAUGAGAUAUUUGCAGCUCGCCUUAAAGAGGAAGAGCAGAAAAUAUUUGGCCUAAUGGUCGACAAACUAUCUCGUGGUACAACUCCUGAUACCACACCAGCAAGAACACCAACUGAGGAUGGUACACCAACCAAUGAACAAAACCCAUUUCUUUUCCAAGAGGGAAAAUUAUUUGAAAUGACCAGAAGUGGUGCUAUUGAUAUGAGCAAAAGGAACUAUGGAGAUGACGGCUUCCAUUUUUUCCAAAUUGGAGAAAAUCAGAAUACUGAGACUUUAAUAGAAGCAUCAAAAAUGGAGGGAACUGAGGAAGAGGUGACAUCUCUUGAAACUGAGUCCACACCUGACGGAUUACCUAUCCAAUCUCAGACUGAGAUACAAUAUGGUUCAUUAUCAGAUUCACCACCUACUAUCAACUCAAGUUUUCAAUCUACAGCAGAGUUAAAUUGCACUGAUGAACAAUUAGCCACAAAAAAUGAACAAAAAUCAAGAAUUCCAAUCAAAAUGGGCAUUUCUGCAUCCACCAAAACGUCAAAGAAAGACCCUGCUAUGCCUGAAGUGGCCGAAGUAAAACCUUUCCAAUUAGAUGAUGAGGUGAAUUUAGCUACUCCUGAGUCAUCAACAAAUAAUGUCCAGUUAGACUUUUCUACAGUGACCCAGACCAUUUCCUCACAGCAGGCUAUAAAGAGUGGUGAAGAUUCAUCAGACUCAUCACCUGAAGAACAGCGUUCAGUUAUUGAAAUUCCUACUGCAGCUAUUCAACAAACUCAAACAGAGGCAAAAUCAAAGCUUCCUGUCAGGCAUACUGCAAUUGUAACUGCAAUACCCCGUGCACCAGCUACAACCGAGGAUAAGACAUCUUCAUCUUCUCGUUCGUCCCCUGCAAGUACACAGGAAGGAUCUACAGAUGAUUUAGUGAAAUCAAAAUCUAGAAUUCCUAUUAAGGCUGUUGCACACAGAAUAGAUCACUAUUCUUCAUCAGUGCUACCAGAUGCAAAGAAGACUUCAGAGACUAUUCGAACCCAUGAGGUUAAAUCUAGGUUGCCAGUAAGACAGGAACCACGGAGCAAGUCUGAGUCGGAUGCCAUUAAUUCUGUUGAGAUAAAAAGUAAACUUCUGAGUAAGGGACGGAGCUACGAUACUGAACCUGAUGCAAAAGAACUGCUAUCCCAUUUUCCCACAGGAUCAGAAACAUCAGAAAAUUCUAAAUCAAAAUCAUUCCAAUCAAGGCUUCCAGUGAAAACCAAAGCUAGCCAUAGUUCACAAGCUGCUACUAGUUUUACUAAAGGCAGUAAGGAUACAUUCUUUGAACUUUAUAAACAUUCAAUUGAAUUUUUUGAAGAGAUAAGUGAUGAGGCUUCAAAAUUGGUGGAUCGCCUGACAGAGGAAGAGCGAGAACAAGAAGUGCUGUCAGAUGAUGAUAGCAGUGCUGUAGAUAGUUCUAUUAUAGAAAUUGAGCAGCUCAGUGAAAUACAGCAAUCUCUUCCCGAAGACCAGUUUGAUGUGAGGCCAAUCUGGGAUGAAUCUGUUGAAACCCAAAUUGAAAGAAUUCCUGAAGAAAAUGGCCAUGAUCAUUUUGAAGCUUUGGAUACUCAGGAGGAUUCUGAAAGAGCAGAGCAACGACUCUAUCUUAUUGCUGACCACCUUGGAUUUAGCUGGACAGAACUGGCCAGAGAACUGGAUUUUAGUGAAGAGCAGAUUCAUCAGAUCAGAAUUGAAAACCCUAAUUCCUUAGUGGACCAGAGCCAGGCACUUUUAAAAUAUUGGAUGGAAAGAGACGGCAACUGUGCUUCAGAUGAAAAGUUAUUGCAGUCCUUGAACAAAAUUAAUCGACUGGAUAUUAUCAGCCUGCUGGAAACUACACAAACAUCACCCAGCAAAGAACAUGUUUCCCGUACUUAUGCAGAGAUUGAACAGACAAUAGCCCAAGAUCACAGUGAAGGUUUCUCUGCACUUUCUGAAGACCUUUACAGUCCGAAGGUCAUACAACUGGGACAGCAGACUUAUAAAGAGUAUUCCUGCUCAAGGGAACUAGGAGAAGUUUCCAGUGAACGACGUACUGAGGGCUUUGGAGCACAACCACCUCUUGUCUUGGAGGAAGAUAGUUCCAUCAGUUGUGGCAAGCCACAGGAAGCCAUUGCACAGACUAAGGAACAGCUGAACAAGUCAGGAGAGGAGCUAUUCAUCUCUGAGUAUUCAGGGCAAGCUCAGGAGGGAAAUGAAGCUGAAGCAAAAAAAGUGAAGGAUCAAGACUUUACAUCCUCUGGUGAAGAUUCUGACUUCUAUCAAGGCAAGUCCAGGGAGGUAGAGAAAUCUGUUAUCCAGGAUGAAGAAGAGGCAGAUGAGGAAUCUACAGAGUUGGUAAACUUGAGAAUAGAUGAACAAACUCCAAUAAUACAGGAGCCUGAUGAGGGCUUACAGCCCACCCAAACAGCUGGUCCCACUAUAGGGGAAACCACAGAGAGUGAGCCAGAGAACAUUAAGAAAUCUUUUGAGGAAGAAUCACUAGAAAAGGAGAUAGUAGAAGAGUUGGGGGAACAGGAAAGCAGUUCUGAUGAGGAGACUGUAACUACCCGGGUCAUUCGCCGCCGGGUGAUUAUCCAGGCAGAUGAUAUGCCCGAUGUCCUACCGGAGUCAGUCACUGAAGAACAAUACACAGAUGAACAUGGAAAUACUAUUGUAAAAAAGGUUACCAGAAAGAUUAUUAGACGCUUAGUUUCCCCUGAUGGCACUGAAAAGGAAGAAGUGGUAAUACAAGGAGCAGAGCAAGAACCAAUUAGAAUUGAACAUGAUGACGGAUAUUCAAAAGUUUUAAAGCGGACUGUAUUAAAAAGUGACAGUGAGCAGUCAGAGGUGACAUUUUCAGAAUCGCAAGUGCCCUCUAACUCUGAAUUUCAAUCAGAGCCUGUUGAGGGCCGAAAAAUCAGCAGAGUUAUUAAAACGACAGUAAUCCAUGGAGACAGAGUGGAAAAACAUAUUGGGGACCCCAAGCUGGCCUCUGACCUUCCAUCUGCCAAAGAUGAUUUCAAUAUGGCUCUUAGUUUCGCAGGGAACCAAGGAAGGGUACACAUUCCAAAUGUAGUUCAGAGAGAGUUUGUAAAAGAGGAUGGAUCUGUUAUUAAAAGGGCGACCAUGAGUAAAGCCAGCACACAGAAGAAGACUGUGGUGAAAGAUCAGGAAGGGAAGCAUGUGCAUGAAGAACAGCUGGAGGACGUACCUGAAGCACUUCAGAAAGAUGACCUGAAAUAUGACCUACAGCAACUUCUUGAUCGCUUUUGUUGUGAGGACUGGAAACAGGAAGAAAACUAAAUAACUCAAAUUGUGCAUAUCUGUUGUAUUAUAACUACGCAGUUUGCUCACAUGAAAAAAUCAUAUUAUUAUCAUUUCCAUCUGAAAAUGCUGGCGUAACUGUGUGGAAAGCUUAGAUCUGAAUUAACCCUUUCACCGUGCAUAAGUAAGUUUGUGACCAAAGAUGGCAUCCAAAUCUUGGAUGACUAAUACUGUUUGAACAUUAGAUCUUCCUGAAUUGGCUGUUUUAGGAACAUGCUAAAGUUGCUUCCAAUAAACUACUGGCAACAAUGUCAAUAUCCAGAAAAUACUUCAGCCACAGGCCUCUUCCCAUUUUCUGUCACAGAAGGACUUACCAAAAUAAAUGUGUAAAUAGCAGAAGUGUUUUGGCUUGUGAAACCAAGACACUGCCUACCUUGACUACAAUGUUGCCACCAAACACAUGGUCCUUUCUUCAUUGUUGAAUUAAGUCUGACUAAAUGUCGCCAUAGUAACAGAACAUGGGUGUGCAGGCCUAGUACGGCGCACGUAAGAAUCUUACAGUCCCUCAAAGAUUUACAGAGCUUAGUAAAUAUGCUAGCACCUGUAUUGGACAUUUCGCUAUUAAUUGCAUUAGUAUGAAUUAAUGAGUGGGUGUGGCAAGCUCCAUUUGAUGUGCAUUCAUGCUGCCAUACUUGUUUCCAGAAAUUCACAACUUUCUUCACUGCUUUCACCAACCCAUUAGUCUUGUAUCUGUGAUCUCGUACUUUCUACUGGCACCUGCACUGUAGAUAACUGGAAUUGAGAUGAACCUAACAAAACACAAAGACAACAAACAGAAUCUUUUGGUUAUUUCAGCAUUAUAUAACAAGACUGGCUUCUUUUUGUACAUGCAUGUAGUAUUUAUAGCUGUUGUAAUCAUCUAUAUGCUUGUUUAAACAUCUUUGCAAUGGGGAAAUGUUUCAGCUCGCUGUCUCAACAUAAGAAGUCAAACAACAAAAAAAAGGAACCGAAAAUGAUAAUUAUGUGGUAUUUUAAUUGUUCCAGUCUACCCUCAAUGUAUUCAUAAGAUUUUAUUUUAAUUUUUUUUAAGUUAUUCUAGUUCAGAAACUUGUCAAAAUGAGGACAAUAUUCACUGAGUGUUCAGCAAGUUAAAUAAAUCAGUCUAUUAUUUACUCCUUGAAUCAGUGCAGGCAGAAUAUCAGUUCUGUUAUGUCAGUGUCAAGACCUGUACUGACUGGCGAUUUAAAAGAAAACAACAGAAAGAAUGUGUAACUGCUCUGGCUAUGCCAUGUGGUGUUAAUUGCAGCGCAGAUGAUGUCUCUGUAAUUACAUUUUGGUUUAUACCUUUUUAUUUUUUUGCUGUGUAAUCAAAGAACUUCAGAACCGUGAGAAGAAGUGUAUUUUAAUUUAAUGAAUCAGCAUCUUGUUCCCAUGGUGAUAACAAAUAUUGUAUAUGAUAUCUAUGAGGGCAUGUAUUAGGAUAAAGAUAAACGGAAGCAAAAUUAAAACACUAACAAAUACAUACCAAUUGCAAUGUGUAAAAUGGCUGAUUUAAUUAAAAUAAAAUGUACAAGUGUUA